AUGAGUUGCCAACCUUUUACUUCGGCUGAUACCUUUAUACCUCUGAAUUCCGAGUCUUCUGCAACUCUGCCUCUGAUAAUGCAUCACAGCGCUGCCGAGUGCCUCCCGGUCUCCAACCACGCCACCAAUGUGAUGUCUACAGUCCCGUCUAUUUUGUCUUUGAUCCAAACUCCUAAAUGUUUGUGUGCAUAUUUCCUGGUGACAUCGUUGGGAAACACAGCAACAGGACUUCAUUAUUCUGUUCCUUCCUGUCAUUAUGGAAACCAGCCAUCGACCUAUGGAGUGAUGGCAGGUAGCUUAACCCCUUGUCUUUACAAGUUUCCUGACCACACCUUGAGUCAUGGCUUUCCUCCCAUGCACCAGCCUCUUCUGGCAGAAGACCACACCGUCACUGAUUUCAAGCAGGAACUCAGGCGGAAAAGUAAAUUGAUUGAAGAGCCGAUAGACAUGGAUUCUCCGGAAAUCCGAGAACUUGAGAAGUUUGCCAAUGAAUUUAAAGUGAGAAGAAUUAAGUUAGGAUACACCCAAACCAAUGUUGGGGAAGCCCUGGCAGCUGUGCAUGGCUCAGAAUUCAGUCAAACGACUAUCUGCCGAUUUGAAAACCUGCAGCUCAGCUUUAAAAAUGCAUGCAAACUAAAAGCAAUAUUAUCAAAAUGGCUGGAGGAAGCAGAGCAAGUCGGAGGUACUGAAGUUAGAUCUCUGAGGGCUGUUAUCGCUGCUAAAGAUGCUCUGGAGAGACACUUUGGAGAACAGAAUAAACCUUCCUCUCAAGAGAUCAUGCGAAUGGCUGAAGAACUGAAUCUUGAGAAAGAAGUAGUAAGAGUUUGGUUUUGCAAUAGAAGGCAGAGAGAAAAACGGGUGAAAACAAGUCUGAAUCAGAGUUUAUUUACUAUUUCUAAGGAGCACCUUGAAUGCAGAUAA